CUUCUUCUUUCUGUCGGAAGAGCGUCGGCGCGUGGACCCUUUUUUUUUUGUUUUCCCCUCUACGGGGACGCCAUCAACCAUUAGGUUAUUUAACUGGACGCGUGGACCUCGUUGAUUGAGGUUAUCUCGUUGAGGACAAACAUAAGCUUUCAUCUUAUUGUUGACAAUUUGGUUAAUCAAAGGACACAACCUGCGAAUUCAGUACUUUCGAGUGCCGCGAGCCUUUAUACGAUUUUACGAAAAUAACGUAUUACGUAUACAAGUAUGGAUGACGAGCAAUGCACAAAGAAGCAGAAGGUCGAAAAGGUCGUCACUAAGAGCGAGGGGAAGGCGCAGAUAUUUGUUACGGAGAAGGUGUUUUAUAAUCCAGUUCAGGAGUUCAACAGGGACCUCAGUAUAGGGGUGCUAAAGAUAUUCGCGAGGGACAGAAUCAACAAAUUGUCGGAGAAGGACGUUAAAGUCGGGACGCCGCGCGACGCGGAAGGCCGGAAGGGAAUCACUAUAUUGGAGGCGCUGUCCGCGACUGGUUUGCGUAGCAUACGGUACGCCAAGGAGGUGGAGGGCGUCCGGCAGGUGGUUGCGAACGACAUUUCCGAGAAGGCGGUGGCUAGCAUCAGGCAGAACGUCUUGUACAACGGGGUUGAGAGUCUGGUGACGCCGCACUGCCAGGACGCGUCGCUGUUCAUGUACGAGCACAGGCGAAAUCGCUUUGACGCAGUCGACCUGGACCCGUACGGCUGUCCUUCGACGUUCCUGGACAGUGCGGUGCAGUGCGUGUCGGACGACGGCAUGCUUCUGGUCACCGCCACCGACAUGGCUGUCCUGGCCGGCAACGUUCCGGAGACCUGUUACUGCAAGUACGGGGCGACAUCCGUAAAGUCCAAGUCCUGCCACGAGAUCGCGUUGAGGAUAUUGCUGCAGUACAUCGCGAGCACCGCGGGACGCUACGGGCGGUACAUAGUGCCGUUGCUGUCUAUAAGCGUCGACUUUUACAUCAGGGUGUUCGUCAAGGUCUUCACGAGCCACGACAAGUGUAAGGAGAAUGCGAAUAAGAUUGGGAUGCUCUAUCAAUGCAAAGGAUGCAAAAGCGUAAGCUUCCAACCGUUUGUGACGAGGAAGUCUCCGAAGAAUUACAAAUUAUCGAACGCACCCGCGGUAGACAAGCUGUGUAAACAUUGCCAACACGAGCAUCAGAUGGGAGGCCCGAUAUGGCUGGGUCCUCUGCACGACCGUGAAUUUGUGUCGCGACUGUUGAGCAACUUGGACACCAUGGAGUUGGGCACGUUGAAGAGAAUGGAGGGCGUCUUGACCAUGAUACACGAGGAACUGGACACUCCUUUGUAUUACAAUCUGGAUUCCUUGAUGUCUACAGUCAAGUGCCACGUUCCGCCGAUGUUGACGUUUAGAUCGGCGUUAUUGAACGCGGGAUACAAGGUGUCGUACUCGCACGCGAGUAAGAUAUCCAUCAAGACGGACGCGCCGAACGACGUUGUGUGGGACAUCGUGCGCGCCUGGGAGAAGGAGCACCCGGUGAAGCGGGAGAAACUGGCCGCGGAUAGCCCGGCCGCGCGGAUACUCAACGCGCCGUCCACGACGGACAUCUCGCUCGCGAUGCAUCCUCUCGCUAAUCCGAUCUCACGGCAGAGGCAUUUGUCUCGCUUCCAACAGAAUCCCACCGUAAAUUGGGGGCCUGGUGUCCGCUCGAGGACCAGGGUCGAUCUCGAAAAUACGGCGGAAGAUUCGAAAAAAGUGAGAAAUCAAAAUAAAAAUAGUAAAAAGAAGUCUGCUAUGGUGGAACGGCAGAUGGUACAACAAUAAGAGAGAUUUCGGUCAAACAGUAUUACAGAAAGCGUUUCAGAUGUGACAAAUUGUAUUGCAAUGAACGUGUUAUUGCAUCAUUGCCGAUAGGGAGAUCGUUGUAUACAUUUUCCUUCUCGUCGUGUGCUAAAAGUCUGUUGUUAAAAUGUCUAUUUCUACAUUGUUAAAAACUAUUUUGACUGAAACUUGGGUUCUAUCUUUUUAUCGUUUUCGUCGUGUUCUCCGAUAUCUUUGUAAGGCCUGUAUAAUGGAUUACGUUGGCUGCUGGUACGAACUUAUCGUCGAAUGUAAUUUUCAACAUAUUCGUCAACGCGUCAAUUCUCUACCAUAUUGAUCCACUUUUCUCGCACUAAUUCUCACGCUUCUUCAAACCUCUUACAUUUAUUUCGACGGGCGGGAACAUGCGCCGGCCGGACUUCGUAAUGAUCAUUUCUGUAUUUAACUUAUGAAAUUUCUGCUAGAGAUUUCGAUUAAGCAAUUCUGCGCUGACUCCGAUUAACGUUGGUUGUUGAAAUAAUGGAAAAAAAAGAAUAUCCAGGUGAUGGUGUAUUACCGAGGGCGUACACACUUUCCAAGAUACAUAAACCAGAUAUUCCAUUAAGAAUCAUUGUCUCGUCACUGUACACUACUCUGUACAACAUAGAAUCACGUUAGAUGAUCGAAACGUUUGACUCGUUUUAAAGUUCUUUUAUAUACAUUAAACUGUUAUUAUUUUUUCGCUACUGACACCCUGCGUUGACCCCUAUUGCCCUCUUUGUUCCAUAGACUUUAUUGUUGAAAUAACCACCAUUUGUUUAAGUUCAUCAUAUGUUCUGUAACUAGUCCGCGCUGCAAAACGAUCGGUGGUUGCGCGAGGAGCGGCGAUAUUGGCUGCAGUAUCAGCUCCAGUGGCAUCAGUGUAUGCUAUUUGAAUACUGAAAGCACAUUUCCGAGGAUCGACGGUUUUUCCUCCUCUGUCGAUCAUCGGUGCAUUCGAAACAAACGUUGAAGAUCACGUGCAGUUGAAAAGGAAACUCAUAAUUUUGCUCUCUUUGGUACCACGUCAUGAUAUAAUGUUAAUUGAACACAUGACAUUUUUGCCUUUUAUUUCUGAGUGGAAUUGACCUGACAAAUCAAGCUCAGAUACCCAAGAAAGGAUAAAAAAACUGAAUGAAUUGAGAGUGCGAUAACUAUGUGCAUUUAUGAUAAAUAUUUUAUCAAACACACGCAUAUAUACAAUAUAAAACUGUAUAAAAAAUAAUAUAUUG